GAGCGUUACCAAGAUUUGGAAUCGUCGAUCCCUUGUCCAUGUCCAUCCGGCCCUAUAUACGCACUCCGGGCGAAUAUGUAUACGCACACCAGUUCCGAGCGAACAGGUUUCUGCCUACGUACCGGCGUGCCACCAUGAGGGUUUCCGUCGCUGCGCUCCUCGUCGUCGUCGUCGUGCUCCACGUCGCGGACGCCACCGUCCUCCGGCCCCAGAAGCUCUUGUUCCCGGCCAUUUUCAGCUUCGGUGACUCGUACGCCGACACCGGCAACUACAUCAUAGAGGUGGAUCCCAGGCCGUUCAACUUCUCACCUUACGGCGACACCUUGGGCCGCCCCACCGGCCGCGCAAGCGACGGCCUCCUCCCCGUCGACUUCGUCGCGAAUGCUGUGGGCCUGCCUCUCGUGCCGCCGUACUUGGACAGGAGCCAAGACUUCAGCAAGGGCGCGAACUUCGCGGUCAUCGGGGCGAGGGCGCUGGACCAGGCCUUCUUCCUGGAGCAGAACGUCACCUCGCCGGCGGCUCCGAUGAACAGCUCCCUUAGUGUCCAGCUGCGGUGGUUCGAGGAGCUCAAGCCGUCGCUUUGCAAUGCCACAAAACUAGAUUGCGAUGACUACUUGGGCAAGUCCCUCUUCUUCGUGGGAGAGUUCGGCGGGAACGACUACCUCGCCUUCCUGUCCGCCAAGAGCGUCGAGCAAACGACGCAAACCUUCGUCCCGGUCGUCAUCAACGCCAUUGCCGCCGCUGCAGAGAGGCUCAUCCAGCACGGCGCCAGGCGCAUCGUCUUGCCGGGGAACAUACCCAUGGGCUGCCUCCCUGCCAUCCUGACGCUGUACCCGAGCCCGAACGCGUCGGACUACGACAGCUACGGGUGCCUCGACAAGUUCAACGCCCUCGCACGCUACCACAACGAGCUUCUCCGGAGGUCGGCGCGGGAGCUCCGAGCCAAGUACCCGCGCGCCGCGAUCGCCUUCGCCGACUACUACCAGCCCGUCCUCGCGUUCCUCACGGCGCCGGCGCUCUUCGGUGAGAUCGAUCACGAGUCCACCCUAGCUAUAGCUACCUGUUGGCAUAAGGCCAACACACGAAAGUUGUGUGGGUCGCGAAAAGACCGAACGGCAGUAUACUGCCCAGACUGGUCAGAUCGGGCCAGCAAACCGGUUAGACCGGUUUCUAGGGUUUUGCCUGGAUCGAUUGCUCGAGGGGAUAACUACCACGCUUACGUGAUGGAGGACGGCUAUGUUUACGAGCAAAUUAGCAAAAUGAUAACCAACACACUUACGUGGUGAAGAAAAACUAGUUUACAAGCAAGCUAGCAAAGGCUGUCAAAGCUCUCACUCGGGAGGGACCCCGUUAGGACGUGGACGUUGCCGGCGUGCCCUAAGUCGAUCAGCAAGUCUAGGACGCCAUCUCUGGUCGUGGAGAUUAGUAGACGAACAGCAAGAGAGGUUGGAAAAGAUUUAGGAUUUAGGAGAUAAAAAGUAAGUGCAUAGUUGUUUGAUUUGAUUGGGUUGCACUCAAUCGGCCGUGGCCCUUUAUAUUUAUAGGGUGAGGAGGUCUUGCCGGAGUAGGAGUUAAAGAUUACACAAAUCCUGUGUCAAAAUACAACUAAUAACUCGAAUUAAGCUGGUCAAACCGGUCAGACCGCCCAUCCAAACUGGUCUGACCGGUCUGCGCAGAGCUGAAUUUUGCUAGAGCCAUAACUCUCUCAUCCGGAUUCCAAAUUGAACGUUCUACAUAUUCAUUUCAAUCGUCUCGAUGAGAUCUACACAAUGGUGAAGUCCAAUCAUAAAUUUGAUAAUGUUUGUAAAAUCGGUCUGACCGGUUUGUAGACCAAUUUGUCCAAACCCAUGCCCGACUUAUCCAUUCAUCGUACACAUCCUGCUAGCUUGAACAAUGAACAGAGCUUGGAACCAGCUGGCUCUGAGACGACUG